AUGGAGAAGGGGCCCUUCUCGGUAGAGUGGCUGGCCCAGAGCAGCCGUGGCCGAACCCGGCCCGUGGCCGCAGCCCGCCUGCCCCGCUCCCCGCCCGGAGGCACCGGCGGCCGGGAGAGCCCGGGUGCCCGCGGUGAGUCCCGCCUCCCUCCGCGGGCGGGCGGCGCGGCGGGGCCGUUGGCGGAGGCCGUUAGGCUAACGGUGCCCGCACGUGAGGCGGCUGUCGGGGGACAGCGGCCGCACGUGCGGCCGCUGCCGACGUCACCGCCCGCGCGGCCCGACGCCCGCGGCGGGAAGGUCUCCGUGUCCGCGUGUCCCCCUGACGCCCCCCAUCCCAUCCCCGCAGCCGCGCUCCGGCACCGCGAGGCCGCGGGCCGCUGCAGCCCCGGGCGCGAAGCGGAGGCGGGCGGCGGCGCUGCGCCCGGACGGCCCCGCACCAAGUUCUCGGCCGCGCAGCUGCAGGAGCUGGAGCGGAGCUUCCGCGAGCAGCGCUACAUCGGCGCCAGCGAGAAGCGGCGCCUGGCCGCCCUGCUGAACCUCUCCCAGAGCCAGAUAAAAACCUGGUUUCAGAAUCGUCGUAUGAAGUUUAAACGUCAGAGUCAAGAUGCCAGAGUGGAAGCUCUUUUCUCAGGCUUAUUUUUGCCCUGUCAUUGUUAUCCAGAUAUCGCUACAUCCAGCUAUUCUCAUGGGAUGGAUGUCAACAUCUCAUCUACCUCUACUGUUUCCCUUCACACAGCUAUGCCAAGCCCGGCCUUGUUGUUACCUUCUGUUCCAGCUCAGCCCCUUCAGCCAGUUUUGCCAAGUCCAGCUUUACUGUUGCCUCCCAGCCCAGGAUUAUCUUGCUACUCUCCUGUAAUUCCAGCAGUGACUUUAACCGAUGACCAUAAAAGACUGAGGUUCCAGCCAUAUCUUCCUUCCUGUUAAAAAUGCCAAAGAUGACCUGUAAUCUAAAUAACAACUGCCAAAUAUCUCUAA